CCUGCUCCUCGCAUCCCGGGAUCUGAGAGAGAGAAGGUCUGCAGAUCAGAUCAGUAUGUGGAUUCCAUGGUUUGCUGUGAUCUGGACGGUGGUCGCCUUCUCUGCUGCUGACAAUUCAUGUCCAGAAGUGAAGAUUUUAGGAAUUGGAGACACCGACAAACUGACCAUACUCAGAGGGUGCCCAGGCUUUCCUGGAUCUCCUGGCCAAAAAGGAGAAGUUGGGUCACCUGGAGCAAAAGGAGACAAUGGACUUCAGGGCAUCGCAGGGAAGCUCGGCCCUCCAGGUGUGAGGGGUGUUGACGGCUCCAAAGGCGAAAAGGGGCAAAAAGGUGACCCUGGAUCCUCUGAGUCCGUGUAUGCUGCAAAAAACUGCAAGGAAUUACUGGAGCGGGGUGAAGUGCUAAGUGACUGGUACACAAUAUACCCAGAGAGCCAGAAGCCGCUAAAGGUUCUGUGUGAUAUGCAUACUGACGGGGGCGGCUGGAUUGUUUUCCAGAGGCGCUGGGAUGGCUCUGUUUACUUUUUCCGGGACUGGAACUCAUACAAGAAUGGAUUUGGCAGUCGUCUGAAUGAGUUUUGGCUUGGAAAUGACAAUCUUUAUAUGCUGACAUCGUCAGGCACAUGGGAAAUGCGGAUUGAUCUUCAAGAUUUUGAAAACACAAAGCAUUACGCCAAGUAUGCGUCUUUCCAGGUCCUGGGAGAAGAUAAAAGUUAUAAGUUGUUACUUGGGGACUUCAAAGAAGGCAACGCCGGUAAUGCAAUGGACGUUCACGCAGACCAGCCAUUUAGCACAAAGGAUAAAGAUUUAACUGCAGAAAAAUGUGCCACCCUAUACAAAGGCGGCUGGUGGUACUACAAGUGCCAUCACUCAAACCUAAAUGGACUUUAUCUGGGCGGACAGCACGCCUCGUAUGCCAAUGGAAUCAACUGGGCCUAUGGAAAGGGUUUCAAUUACUCCUAUAAAUUCUCGGAAAUGAAGAUCAGACCCGUCCAGUAAGAUCACACCAAUAUAAAGUGGAAAAAAACAAAACAAGGCAAGAACUGAAAGGAGGACCUCCAGCUGAAAACGCAAUAGAUUGCAAUAUGUUGAUAUAUAGGACCAUUUCCACAC